GUUAAUGUACUAACGGUUAAAAUUGAACAAAAGAAAUAUUGGUACACAUACAAAAUAUAUGUUAGAUGUUGAAAUGAAUCACACACAUAAUGAGAGAAAUCUGGUAAACGUGUGUUGGGUUGAUAUCAUAAACAAUUCUUACUGUGUGUAUGUAGAGGUUGAUAAUAUCUUUGAACUACAACAAACCUGGAGAAGAGAAACAGCUUGAAAAACAAUGAGGGCCGACAUCGUUGUUGUUCUCUUGAUGUAUCAUAUGUUGCAGAAAGCUGGUUGCAGAGAAUCAGAUUCUGUCAGUAUACACAAGUUAUCAAGUGAGCUGCCUCUAGCAAACAUGAUGGAGUGGUUUGCUCAUCUCUACAUUCCUGUUCAUGCUGUGUCUGAGGAGUGUCGUGCUCACAGUAACCACCUGUUGCUCAGUGUCUUGCGAGGCGAGAUCUGGGCUCUUCAGAUAUUGGAUUCAUGCACCAAGUUACCCCCUGGUUUGACAGGAAGUCAUUUCAUGGACUUCGGCCACUACUCUCGGUGUGUCUCAGUAUAUGAGCCCGAUCAGUUGUUCAAGGGCCAACACAUUCUGGUGGAGACAAGGGGCAUUUUUCUUCCAGAAAUAUAUUCCUACUUUGGCCGGGAGGUAGGUGAUGGCAGUCAGGCAUCCGGUGAGAUUACAUUCUCUAUAUGUGUUCCUUCGUCAUGCUCUGUUGAAGAUGUUGAAACACAUUUGAAAUAUCACUUAGCCUCAAUCAAUGUAUUCUCUGGUGAUCUUGAUUUGAAAUGUUCUACUGCAGAGCCUCUGCUUUUUGAAAUAAAACUCUUUACAGCAAUGGCUCUGCUCAUGAUCGUUGUUGGACUUGUUAUUUGGAGUACUUCUUAUGAAUAUUUUAGAAUAUGUUCUAAACCAAAAUCAGAAAUGCUGAAAGCAUUUUCAGUGAUGGACAACUGGAAAUAUCUGACUGAAACGAAGACGCUGAGUGAAGGCGUUGAGGUAACCUGUGUCAGUGGAAUACGUGUGUUGUCUGUGGCAGUUACUGUACUAGCUCACCGCCUGAAACUAUCUACAGAGACUUCUAGCUUCAGUAUACAGGUUCCAAACAACGUUAGCAUGUUCUCUGAGUUUGAAAAUGGUUUUCUUGGUGCUGAAAUCUUCUUCUUGAUUGGUGGUGUAGUCAGAUCCUACAAUUUCUUCCGUGAUAGGCACAGAGGAAGACCUUUCAGUAUUGUCUCAUCAAUACUUAUACGAUAUCUCAGGUACACACCAGCACUGGCAGGAGUAAUGUUGUUCAACUAUGGACUCCUGGUUGUGUGUGGCCAAGGCCCGCUGUGGCAGAGGUUCACCAGUCAUCCCGUUGGUGCUUGCUGCCAGUUCUGGUGGACAGGAUUGCUUCACAUCGCAAACUAUGUCAAUCCUACAGCUAUGUGUGUACACCACAGUUGGUAUCUUGCCUCUGACUUCCAGCUUUUUCUGGCUUCUCCUCUUUUUCUCAUCCCCCUUUACUUCCGGCCUCAGUUGGGUCUGAUGAUGCUAGCUGUUACCAGCAUUGCUUCAGUAGUCGCCCUUUUCUUUCAUUCACAUUCCAGUGCAAUCUAUAGUGAAAAGAUGACAGGCUUAUCCAGCCACAGAGGAAACAACCUGAUAAGUGGAAAUAAUAUUACUUCUCAUUCCCGAGCAUCGCCAUAUCUACUGGGACUUGCAUUGGGCUACAUAUUGUUCAUGGUGCAUAAUAACCGGCUACAUCUCAGGUUAUCAAAGACCAAUAUUUACUGGGGCUGGGGAGUUGUGGUGGGAUUACUGGCGAUCGUCUUUAUGACCAGCACUAUUCCUACAGCCUAUGAUCCCGAGCUCACCCACUGGCUCUAUCCAGUCUGGAACGUUUUCAGCAGAUUUGUAGUUGCUUCCACAGCUGCUUGGGUGAUUCUGGUCUGUUCUCUUGGGCAUGGAGAAUGGUUAAAUCAACUUCUUUCAUGGAGGGGGUUCCAAAUGCUUUCCAAACUUGUGUUGGGGGUUUACCUUGUCCAUUUCAAUGUCAUCAUUGUACAACUGUUCCAAAUGAAUCAGCCUUUUGAAUUAAACUACGUUGAUGUUGUGUAUCUGGGGAUAGGAGAUCUGACUGUCUGCUUAAUCCUUGCCCUGGUGUUGUAUGUGUCGAUAGAGCUGCCUUGCUACCGACUGGCUGUCCUCUAUUUCAGGUCUCCCUCUCCUCACCUGCCGCUGUUGACCAACUUCAAUAUUGGACAGUCAAACUCACAAGCAAGAAGACCUUACGUUCCCACUGUGCCUUCUGCAAGCUUUAAUAAUUUGUCAAAAAGGAGGAGAAGGAAGAGUAGAAAUCCAACCGUUUAAAUGUAGAUAGUGUAUUUAUUUUUCAUGGUUUUAAUAAACUCCUCAAUACAAAUUUGACAAAUGUUU